AUGGGCAAACCUUCAAAAGAAAGAAAUCAAAAGGCUCCCGCUAGAGGCCGUGGACGAGGUAGAGGUGGUUCUGCAGCAAGAGGUGGAGGUAGUGGAAGGCAAAAAGCUUUAGUCGUGAAAAGUAAUGAAGAAGCUUUAGAUGAUGAGGAGAUCUUCAGGAGAGUUAUGGCUGGAGAAUCAGUCGGAUCAGAAGGCUCGUCAAGCGGAUCAGGCUCGGAAGAAGAAGAUAAAUCCGAGCAAGGUACAGAUGAUGAUUCUGAUCUGGAAGAAGAUGACGACGACGAUGAAGUCGAAAUCGUCGGUAUAGACGUUCCUGUUGGAAUGUGGGAUUUUGAUCAUUGUGAUCCAAAAAGAUGUUCAGGUAAAAAACUGGCCAGACAUGGAUUGAUAAAUUCCAUGAGGGUAGGUCAGAGAUUUAGAGGAAUCGUAUUAACACCGAAAGGGAAGAAACCGAUAUCUCCUUCGGAUGAUGAGAUUGUACAAAUUAGUGGAUUAGCAGUUGUUGAAUGUAGUUGGGCUAGAUUGGAUGAAGUUCCAUUCAAUAAGAUCAAGUCGCCCUAUGAGAGGAUACUACCAUUUUUAAUAGCAACGAAUCCUGUGAAUUACGGUAAACCUUGGAGACUGAAUUGUGUGGAAGCUUUAGCAGCUGGAUUCUAUAUAACUGGGCAUCCAGGUUGGGCUGAAGUAUUAUUAAGUAAAUUCUCAUGGGGACAUUCAUUUUAUAAAUUGAAUGGACAAUUCAUCGAAAGAUACAUAACAUGCGAUACUGCAGAAGAUAUAAUAGCAAUGCAAGAAUUGAUUCAACAGGAGAUCGCUGAUGAGAAAGCUCAACGUCAGCAUGAGAAAGAGGAAAACGAAGGACAAGAUCUAUUGAGGAUAAAUCCGAAUCAUGUGGGAAAUGAAUGGGAUGAAGGUCAAAUUUCAAAAGACCGGGAUAGCGGUAGUGAAGAUGAGGUGGAAGCUUUGGUACAAGAAAUGGAUAAGACGACCAUCGCUGCUUGA